UCGACUCGACACAAUGCUACUAAAGCAGUACUAAAACGGAGAUGGCUGACGCGAUCAAGGCGUCGAAUCGGCGACGGGCGACAGCGCUUUGAAUUAGUAUUGUUUGUAUAUAUAAUAAAAUAUAUCUUCACAAUCAUGGAGUCAGCAAUGUUAAUAACUUUGGAUAAUCUAACUACUACAGAAUUUAAUGAAUUAUGCACUAAGGCAAAGGAUUGGUUGGCAAUGCAUGGUGCACUCAUGAAGUCCAAAAAAGAUCCAAUGCAAAUUUGCUAUGCUCCAUUUUUACUUUUGCCAUCAUUUUUUCCAAGAAAGGAAUUUGAAAAGGGUCAGCAAACUCAAAUCUUACUCAAUGAGCUUAUACAUAAAGUAGCUCACGAUUACAAAUUUUUACGCAACACCUUAAAAAACAUUAUUGAAGCGGAUGAUUUUACUGCAAAGCUUUUUGAUAUUUACCAAACAGUUUACUUGGAAGGAUUCGCACAGAGUAUUAGUUUAGGUUUAGUAAGGUCCGAUUACAUGCUGAAUACCGACGAUGUAAAUAAACUUAAACAAAUUGAAAUCAACAUGAUUUCAACAAGUUUUGGAGGUUUGGCACCGAUUACUUCGGCAUAUCAAAGAUUUAUUUUAUCAGAAUUAGGUUAUAGAGAAGCAAUAAGUAGUAUUCCAUUAAAUGAGGCUGCUAAUGGUUUCUGUAAAGGCUUAGUUGAAGCAUGGAAGUUGUACAAUAAUAAAAAGGCUAUGAUAUUAGUUGUUGUAGAAGAUAUCGUAUAUAAUAUCUUUGACCAAAGAGCUCUAGAAUUCAGAAUACAAAAAACCAAUCCAGAAAUUGUGAUUAGUAGGAGAACUAUGACAGAGUUGAUUAAACAAGCUAGUUUGGGACCACAGAAGCAACUCUUAGUUAACAAUUCUGAAGUGGCAGUAGUUUAUUAUAGAAGUGGAUAUCAGUUAGAAGCCUAUCCUACUGAGAAAGAGUGGAAAGUUAGAUUACUCAUUGAGCGCUCUAAAGCAAUAAAAUGUCCAUCAAUACAUUAUCAUUUAGCUGGAACAAAAAAGGUCCAACAACAAUUAGCAGUACCAGGUGUCUUAGAGAAUUAUUUUACUGAUUCCAAUGAACUUGCGAGAAUCAGAGAGCUUUUUGUUGAUAUUUAUUCUUUAGAUUUAGAUGAAAUGGGAGACAUAGCAGUAGAGAAAGCCCUCAAAGAUCCUAAUAAGUAUGUGUUGAAGCCACAACGCGAAGGUGGUGGAUAUAAUAUAUAUGGACAGGAAAUAAAGGCGAAACUGGAAGCUAUGAAAAAUUCGAUAGAUCGAACUGCUUGGAUAUUAAUGGAACGGAUUCACCCACCUAUUCAAAAAAAUUAUCUUAUUCGACACGAUGACGAAUGUUUAGAAUUGCAAGAAUUGGUAUCAGAACUUGGAAUUUAUGGUGUUAUCAUGGGAAAUCAAAAUGAAAUAAUAAUGAACACCCAAUGUGGUCACAUUUUACGCACGAAACCAUCGUCUGUAAAUGAGGGAGGAAUUAUUGUUGGCGCUGGCGCUCUUGAUUGUCCAUAUCUCAUCGACUAAAAGAGACAAACCACCAGAUUACGUAUAAUUUUAUUAUUUGUUUAUAGUUUUUCCUUCUAAUAACUUCGAUAAAUUUUAAUGUUUUUAUCAUAAAAUUAUAUUAUAAAUAAUUAAAAAUGAAAUUGUACUAUAUCAGCUACUUAUAAGCAACAACAGGUCUCGGUGACUCCGUAGGUAAGAGCCCAGGUUUCUGUGCUAGAGGUUGUGGGUUCGAACCUCGGAUAUAUGAAGAUUUUUAGAAAUGAAAUUUUCAUGUUUGUUAUCGGAAUUCCGGUGUAGUCCAGUAAUUCUAGAAAAAUUAGCUAUAUUUUCCGCGAAGAACGUAAUUUUUUUUUUACGGCUGCGGAAUAGUAUGUAAAUAACCGGAAAAAUAAUUUUAGUAAAUGAAAAUAUCGGGAACAUAAUUUUAUAAACAGUUUAAUGUCGAAAAACGGCACUUAUUUUAGUUUUCUGUUAACAACUUUUUUUAUAAUUAUUUAUAGAGAUGAGGUCAACGGUAUUAGAUUCAUGAAUAAAUUUUACAUUUAGAUUAAUACUUUUCAGUCAAAAUUAUUUUUUAAUAUCUACAUUUUACCAUGUUUGCGAGAUGUUACGAAAAUUCAAGUUACGUUACUUUCAAAAGUUCAUUAACAAUUCUAUUGUAACUUAAGCAUUCAGUACAUAUGUUAAAGUUGUUUAAUACAAACUUAAUGUGGGCUCUUGAAUUUUCGUAACAUCUCGCAAACAUGCUAAGAUAUUGUUAUUAAAACAAAUGUUUUUUUUAUUUUGUUUAACGUUGCUCUAUUUAUGCUCCAUCAGUGCUAAUCAACGACGGAGGCUUGCAAUGUGUUUGAGAACAAAGCACAUGAACCUUUUUUCAGUGGUGCUUGUAUCAAUCAGCAGGAACUAGGCAUCGAAUCCGGGUUUACCUGGUGCGAGUCCGUCGCCCUACCGACUGAUAAAACAAAUGUUGAUUUCGAAAAGUAUUAAUCUAAAUGUAAAAUAUAUUACCGAAUCUAAUUCCAUUGACCUUAUUUCGAUACAAUAAUUUGAAAAAAGGUGUUAACAUAAAACUAAAAAAACGCUGCCAGCUGCUCUGGCGGUGUGCUUCCUUGGAAUUUUUGUUAUUUACGUUUGUGUUUACGUUAUUAAUCGUUUUUAUAUUCAUUGUAUUUCAUUAAAUAUAGUAUAUUUCAUACAGUAAUUAUGAAAUAAUUGGUUACAUGCAUAAUUUUAUUGCAACUAUAAUGUAACAUUAUUUUUUAUAAAAUUUUUGAAAAUAGGUUUCUUCUAAGUACUAUAUCUUUUGAUAUACAUCGAUUAUUCAAUCAUGCGAUGAUUCAUUUAAAAGCUACUUUUAUAAGCUUUAAAACAAGCUGUCAUAUGACGAAAAAUACGUUCUCAAUCAAAAGUUAUAGCAAUUUUACAGAAAAAUCACUUUUUAAAAAUUGACAACUUUUUCCUAAAAAUGGGUAUAAAAUAUUUUUUAAGUCGGUUAUUGGCCUUAAAAAAUAUUUUCCCACCUACCUUCCAUCAUAACAAAACAUAUAAAAUAAGUCUCAUUAAAAUCUAUCGACUGGAAUAGUCAUGGCGAUUGACAGAACACACACACAUACACUCAUACAUCCCCACGGACAGACGUCAUCAAAAUAUGACUUUAACGAUGAUUCUGAGCUUCUGACAAUAAUUCUAUGGUAAAAUAUUAAUUUACACAGUUUCAGGACGUGUAGAUCUACCAAAAAAAAACAAGAAUGGAACCGCGAACGAUAAAAUUAAAGAAAUUACAGCGAAAAAGGAAAAAUUAUUGAAAAAACCGAAAACAAAGCUUCCUUUCCAAGGAAGCAAAAGUGUCGUUUUUCAACAUUAAAUUAUUUAUAAAAUUAUCUUCCCGAUAUUUUUAUAGACCAAAACUAUUUUUGCAGUUAUCCAGAUAGUAUUCCGCGGCAAAAAAAAUUAUGCUGUUUGCGAAAAAUAUAGAUAAAUAUUUUUUUUUCGUAUGAGAAUGAUUGGACUAAGUGUUCGGAUUCCAUCGUAAACUAUAGGAUUUUCAAAAUGUGAUGGGGAGGUGGGUUUAUAUAUUCAUUACUAGGGAAAACCAAGUGAAUGCGUACAGAUACUUACAAUUAGUGUACCUCUGCAGCGCUCCAUGUGAACUUAGCUCUUGAAAUCACAAUAACAUUCUUAACAAUUAUAAUUAAAAGAAACACCGCGUGUAUUAUUUUAUGUAUAACGUUGAAAUAUUCAAAAUAAAUAAAAGAAGGUUUAAUUUUUAC